UUUUUUUUUUUUACCAAGUGAGGGGAGGGGAGACGAUAGAAGUUGGACAAGAAGGAUUCCUAGGCUCUAACAUUUCCCCUUCCCCCGUUAAAAGGACUUGGGGGAAAGUGUUGAAGAGCAAAAAGUGGAUUGUACCAAAAAAAAAAAAAAUAAUAAUAAAUAAAUAAAUAACAGAAAGAAAGACAAACUGUUUCAAAUUCCGGACGCAUCGGCUUUUCUUUGGAUUAAUGUUGUCCUUAUUGAGUGGAUUUAUCGAUUGCUUGUAGGAGUUGAAAGAGGGAGCCAUGAGGAUCAUCUUGUGCUCCGUUGUGCUGCUGACCAUCUGGACAGGUCAUGGUGUUCAACUGGAGACUGCUAAAGGUGAGCAGUGUCCAACUCUACAGGUUGAAGACUGGAAGUUUCCGCAAACAGCCAGACACAACAUUACAGGUUUCAAUCUGGUGCGGCGCUUUUCCCUGAUGAAGAACAGUGAUGUGAAGAAGAUACGUAACCCGCGAGGGCCUAUCAUCCUACGCCUGGGAAAAGUUCGCCUCAUCCAGCCCACUGAUCAAGUAUUUCCACAUGGACUGCCUGAGGAGUUCACACUGGUCUUCACCCUGCUGUUGAAAGCCAAGGCUCUGAGGGAUAACAUCUACCUUUUUCAGAUCUCUGAUGAGCAAGGGUACCCAAAGCUCUCGCUGGACCUGAGCGGGCCGGAAGGCACGCUGGCACUGCGGACAUCCUUUGCGGAUGAGGAUGCCUCUACAACAGGGUGUGUGUUCGAUGGAGAAGGUGUGGAGUCUCUGAUGGAUCUGCGCUGGCACAAAGUAGCUCUGAGUGUGCAGAGGAGCGCAGCAUCACUUCACGUGGACUGCAGCUCUAUUGAGACGAAGCCACUGGAGUCUCGGGGCCAUGUCCCAAUAACCGGACACACGCUGAUGUUUAUGAGGGCCACCAAUGCCGCGCCUGUGGAGAUGGACAUUCAGCAGGCGGUGGUGUACUGUGACCCGACUUUGGCCAUCCAGGAAGCUUGCUGUGAAAUUCCAGGAGCUCGGUGCCCCCCAGAUGCCCCUAAGAGUCGUCGAGCAGCCGAGAACCUUGUGGAAAUUCUACCCAACCCUUUCAGCCAGCCAAUCCAUGGAUCAAAAGACUUGGCGGAAAAAUGUGCAGGCUGUGUGUUGAUCACUGAGGAUCAAAAUCUUGUCCAGGAAGGGGAAGCGGGUCAGCGUGGCCUGAAAGGAGAAAAAGGAGCGCGGGGUCUGGACUGCACCGGAGCUGGAGUUCCCGGUCGAUGUCCAGAAGGAGUGAAGGGGGAAAAAGGGGAGAGAGGAGAGCCGGGUCUGUCUGGAAACUGGGAGGCGGCGUUAGGAAUUAAGGGAGAUAAAGGAGAGAAGGGUGAGGUCGGAUCCCCGGGUCUCACUGGAAGUCCAGGGAAAGAUGGUCGCAGUGGAUCUAUUUGUGUUGUGGGUCCUAAAGGGCAGAAGGGAAACACAGGUCCUGUUGGUCCAGAGGGGCUUGCAGGAGAACCAGGCCUACCAGGACCUCCUGGACCUCCUGGAUUUGGCACACCAGGAAAUCCUGGGAGCCCAGGAAUACCUGGAUCAAAGGGAGAGAAUGGGGAUGAUGGGAUACCUGGGAAGGAUGGGAUGACAGGUGAUCCUGGUCCAAGAGGUCCAGGUGGCCCCAAAGGUGAAAAGGGUGACCCGUGUGAAGUUUGUCCAGUGCUUCCAAAGGAUUUGGGUGAAACCACAAUCAUUCAGGGGAAGCCUGGUCCCAAAGGAGAACCAGGAGCACCAGGCAAUGGAGUUCAGGGUUUGCCUGGCUCUCCAGGGAAAGAUGGAAAAGCAGGAGAAAAGGGAGAGAGAGGCAUAGAAGGGGCCAAAGGGGAGAAGGGCGAGUCGUGUGCUAUGUGCCCCACGAAUGGUGGUAUUUUCAGCGCUCAGAAUCUUCAGAUGAAGGGGGGGGAAGGGGAGCCAGGAAUUGGACAGAAGGGAGAACAGGGAGUACAGGGUCAAAUUGGCCUGCCUGGACUCAAAGGGGGAAAGGGCGAGGCAGGAGACAAAGGCAGUGAUGGGAAAACUGGCAAGCCUGGUCCAAGAGGUCUAAGUGGCAAGGAUGGACAUAAAGGAGAAAAGGGAGAUGCUGGCCAGUUUGGAUCACCAGGGAUCAAAGGUGAAAAGGGUGAUGCCUGUGACAGCUGUCCAACACUUCCUGUGGAUUUGGAUGAUGUUGUGGGCUUACCUGGACCCAAGGGAGAGAAAGGAGAGGCAGGUGAACCUGGCAUGGGGAAAGCCGGGAAGAAAGGUGAACAAGGGCCAAGAGGUAUUCCUGGACCUGCUGGUCCAGUAGGACCUCAAGGAUUUCCUGGGAGUAUAGGACCAGUUGGACAAAAGGGUCCGAAAGGGGAAACGGGGCCUGCAGGUCCUCAGGGGCCGAUUGGCGUCAGUAUAACAGGACCCCCGGGUAGAGAUGGUUUAAACGGCCCUCAAGGAAUCCCAGGAGCAGAUGGGAGACCAGGAGCCAUUGGACCUAAGGGUGACAAGGGAGAACCAGGAGACUGCAACUGUGCGUCUAAUACGAUUCAACAAGCUGGAAGACCUGGUGUCCCUGGUGGUGGUGGCCCAGUCCCGUUUCAGCCUGGUCCUCAGGGGCCUCCAGGACCUCCAGGCCCCCCAGGACCUCCAGGGCCCCAAGGAUUUACAGGGUUCCCAGGCCCACAGGGUCUCCCUGGCAAUGAUGGCUUACCAGGGAAACCGGGUCCGCCCGGCCAAGCAAUUCCAGUAGAUACUUCCAAUAACAAAAAGAUGGACUGUGGCGACUGUACCAAAGGCCUGCCAGGCGUGCCCGGUGUACCUGACACUAAGCCUGAGAAGAGAGACAUUGGCAAGCCUGGUGUUAUUUCUUUAGAUGGAUGUGAGAAGUGUCUUGAGAGGCUGCAAGAAGAGGAACCACAGAGGCCUAAUCCCAACAACGGCCCUUGCCCAGGUGUGCCAGGGUCACCAGGCAUCCCAGGUCAACCUGGGAUUAAAGGAGAUCCGGGGGACAGGGGUGAAAGGGGUCCCGCUGGUCUUCCUGGAACCCCAGGUAAUAUUGGUUUCCCUGGUCCUCAAGGCCCCCCUGGACUCCCCGGUCAGCAAGGUGAGAGAGGACAGCAUGGACCUCCUGGACUGAAAGGAGAACAGGGUCCACCUGGAAAUCCUGGAUACCCAGGAACCAUGGGACAACCUGGACUUCCAGGACUUAAAGGAGAACGAGGAAGCCCAGGCACUGCAGGGCAGAAAGGAGAAUCAGGCCCACCAGGAUUUCCAGGUCAUCAGGGACCACAAGGCCCUGCUGGUCCCAAAGGAGAAGUGGGAACGUCAGGACCUAUGGGACCAAAGGGAGAUCAGGGUUUCCCAGGACCACCAGGAUUCCCAGGACAACAGGGAACUCCCGGAAUCCAGGGAAAAAUCGGUCCUGGCGGACCACCAGGACCAAAGGCAGAUCCGGGAAGUCCAGGACUUCAGGGUCCACAAGGACCUACAGGCCCUCCGGGAUCUCCUGGAGGCCCAGGAUUGCAGGGUGCACCUGGAAUGGAUGGGCUUGAUGGAAAAGAUGGAAAACCAGGGUUGAGGGGUGAUCCGGGUAUACCUGGCCCUGUCGGCCCCAGGGGAAUCCCGGGAUUCAAGGGCAUAAAAGGACACACAGGCCUUCCAGGACUAAAGGGAGAUGUUGGACCUCAAGGCCCAUCUGGAGCAGCAGGAAGACCGGGACUUGAAGGUGACCCUGGUCCACCGGGACCACAAGGACCACCUGGUGCUCCAGGACAUCUGGGUUCUGCAGGUCCCCCAGGUCCACCAGGACCAGCUGGAGCUCCCGGCACGGGUAUUCAAGGUGACAAAGGGGAGGCUGGCGAGAGAGGGCUGCCAGGAAUGCCUGGGCCUCCAGGGAUGCCCGGGCAUCCAGGACAGAUGGGAGAACCAGGCAGUGAUGGUGCCGCAGGGAAAGAUGGAGCGUCGGGUCUGCCAGGAGAAACUGGUCGACAAGGAGAGAAGGGUGAGGCAGGGGCUCAAGGCCUGAGGGGUCCUCCAGGAGAACGUGGUCGUCCUGGACCCCCAGGAGGAGCAGGAUAUCACUCUAAGGACUCUGGAAUAGGAGUAAUGGGACCUGCAGGCCCCCGUGGAGAGAAAGGAAGCCCGGGAACACCUGGACAGGCCGGAUCUCCUGGAGCACCAGGAAUGCCAGGAAACGAUGCUGUUGUCAACUAUGAUGAGGUCAAGUCUUUCAUCAGACAGCAGGUUAUCAAGAUCUUUGAUGAGCGAAUGGCCUAUUACAUGUCGCGCAUGCAGAUGCCAGUGGAAAUGGUAGCACCCCCAGGCAGACCUGGACCCCCAGGCAAAGACGGCACUCCAGGAAGAGCAGGAUCUCCAGGGCUUCCAGGCCGUCCAGGACAGAUCGGCCGAGAGGGUAGACAAGGACCUAUGGGCCCUCAUGGUCCUCCAGGUGUCAAGGGAGAGAAAGGAGAUAAAGGUGUGGGAGAGAUGGGAGACAGCGGACCCCCUGGUGCUCCCGGUGUUCCAGGACCCCCUGGUUAUGGUAAAAUGGGACCACCAGGCCCGACAGGUCAACAGGGCAUUCCUGGAAUUCCUGGACCACAAGGACCCCCUGGAUCAAAAGGCAAUGAUGGCCGUUGCCAUCCAUCUGACUGCAUGAGUGCACCUGUGGAUUACAGCCCCAAGGGCCCACAAAUGAAAGGGCCCAUGUACUAGAGAGAGUAUGUGAGAGUGAGGGAAAAAGGGGGGGUAAGAAAAUGGGGGGGGGGGGGGGGGGGGGGGGGCAAGAGCCAAAGAUCAACAAUACCAAAUCUGUUUGCUAAAUGCCUUUGGUGGGGAACCAGUGGAGCUAAAGGGCAUUUCUGUCAAAAUAAACAUGGCUGGGCCAGAUUGGCCUAUAAGCUAUUUUUAAAGAGUACCCAAUGCCAAAAUUUUCUCUGCAACUAUAAGUGCUAAUGCUAGUGAAGCCUCUCUCUCUGAUUUCAACUUUCUCUUUACUGAUGCUUGACUGAAAACUUCUGGAUUAAGGAGACUGAGCACACACAGCUUUCCCUUCUGAACUAUCACUACCUUGAACAUAUGAUCAUUGCUUCACUGGUCAUGAUGGUGUUGUCUCUUUAAUUUCAGCCAUUAAGCUGGUUUCACACUGUUCCCAGAAAAUUCACAGCUGUGAUUUGAAACACAUUAUCUUUGGUGCGAUGCGCACAAGAUCAUCUAAAGUUCAAAUGGUUUCAACUUUUGCGUGACACUUUGCUGUGCAUGGCCAUUAGCAGGGCAGGAGGCAUGGUAUUUUGCUCAGGGAAAGAUGGGAGAAGUAAUAAAAUGUCGUCUUCUUUCUCUACAGAGAGCUGCGUCCACUUUUGUGCCCAACCUGGCGCAGCACUAUCCAUUUGUCACAACCGCAUCCACCAACACACAUCACAGUGUGAAGCCAGCUUGAUUCUUUGCCAAUGUUUACUGUUUGCAUGAUCCUUUUUAGUACGGAAAUGCUCUCGCAAAUCAGUUUUCCAGGUUUUUGUUGGGUUUUCAUGGCAGCUGCUGAAAUUUGCGCAAUUUUAUUAUUACCAUAAUGUCCCAUAACUGACUUGAUCUCAAAGAAAUUAUCUCACAUUUGAUUCGGGCCAGAUAUUGUAGCCUAUUUGAAAUUUCUAAAUUCUCCAUUCUUCUAGCAUUAUGAUGUAGCUUGAUGUAAAGGUACAAAUGAGAUAUAAUUAUUCCUGUUUCCUUUGAGGCCUUGUGUUGUACAUAUUUGUAUUUAUAUGUAAUGGCUUUUUUUUUUAUGAUACAUUUUUAAUAGAUUGGCAUCAGCAUUUCAGUCCUUAUUUUUGCUUUAUCAUCUCAGAUAUUAUGGUAUUUACAAUAGCACUGCAAAAGUAGAUUUUUGUAAAUUGGUUGAAUUUAUAUAAAUUGAAGUUAAUAAUAACUCGGAUUUCAUGUUUCCUAAACCAUGAUAUUUAUUUGAGUUUGAUGUCGGGUGUCUCUCUGUGACCUUGUACAUCGACAUUCCAGAGCUCCGCCACUUUUUAUAUCUUUUAAACUUGAAUUUAUGUAUUUUAAUAUAGUCAACCACUUUCAGGUAAAAAAAAAAAAAAAAAAAAAAAAAAGUGCUCCUUCUGGAUAGAGAUUCAUUCGCUUUUGACAUGUGCUCAUCAUCUAGAAUUUUCUCAGCUCCUCGUCUAACGUGCGAAAGCCGUGUGCUUCACAAUCAUCUAUGGUUUAGAGUUUUCAUCCCAUAAUCUAAAAGCUUUUCUGAUCCCAUGCCAUUCAGCACAUUGCUGUGUCAGCCAGGCUCCAACGAGAUACAUUUACCAUCAGCACUUCAUCCUCUCUGUCAGACCUUCACAAAGUGUGUGUGUGUGUGUGUGUGUGUGUGUGUGUGUUUCUGUAUCUAUACUUGUGUAUGUACCUAUCAGAUGACCAGAUUUCUUCAUAUAUGUAGUUAAAUUACUAAAGUAGCCACUAAUCAGGUUUGUUUCUCCCUUCAACUAUGUAAAGUGAUGUGUAUUAUUUUUCAAGGUCAAUGCAAGGUCAUUACAAGUACAGCGUGUGUGUGAAUGUGUGUGGUUUGAUGGGUUGUCCGAUUUUCUCAUAUCUGGGAGUACUUAAAGAUGCACUAUGUAAGAAUAAAAGUUAAUAGAUAUGCAUCCAUGUUUUAUAGCAAAAAUACAAAUACAUUCCACUUUUUGUUUGUGAAUGGUCAGUGCUCAUGUAAUAUUUUUAUAAAUCCUAUCACUAUUAGAAACUGACUUUGGGAAAUCCAAAUGAAAUAUACUAAUAGUAUAGUGUAUACUACAAAAUUCCUGCAUGGUGCAUCUAUAAAUCCAUCUGUUGUGUCAUUAAUGUCACCGUCAACGUUGUACUUCACGUUCAUAUGAUGAAUUUCAGUGAAAUUCAAGAGUUUACAUUAUUAUUUACAUGAUUAUGGCAACCAAAGCCUUGUCGACAGUAAAUGGCUGUUUGUCCUUUCAAUUUUAAAUGCUUUAUAAUAGCCUACAAAGAAGCAAUUUAAAAAGAAAUGCCACCAUUACAUAUAGAUCCAUUUGUGUCAUUCAUGUGUUAGCUGUUUUUGUGCAUUUUUUUUUUUUUAUAGAAAACCAAGAAAAGCAAUAAAGUUCUUUUUUUUAAAGCAGA